AUGAACCCUCUCUGCUGCAUUGCUCCCGUUUCCGUCGAUCGAGAUCGGGCCAACCCUAUUGCCGCCAAAUCCGCCGCCCACCACCACUCCCAUCUCGCAGCUGAUUUCCCCCUUUCCGGCAAUACUGUCAGUCACGCCUCGAAGCCGAGCUUCUCAGCUCAGGUCUCCUCCGCCGGCACUGAAUUCGACCGGCUCUCGGCUUCUGCUGCUGCUUGCCGCGACGGGGAGGAAUCGAUCGAUUUGAAGGGGAACAAUGUCGGCGCGGUGGCGGGGAUUCUUUACAAAUGGGUCAAUUACGGGAAAGGGUGGAGGUCGCGGUGGUUCGUUCUCGAAGACGGCGUGCUGUCUUACUAUAAAGUUCACGGCCCUGACAAGAUUUCGAUUGGCUCCGGGAGGGGGAAAGGCGUUCAGGUGAUCGGAGAGGAAUCGUUGAGGUUUGUCAGGAAAGCGAAUUGGAAUAGAAGCAGCAGCAGCAAUCGGUUCCCUGCUUUGGCUUCCAGGCAGUGGAAGCCGUUCGGCGAAAUCCAUUUGAAGGUUUCUUCCGUACGAGCCAGUAAGUCCGAUGACAAAAGGCUGACGAUAUUCUCUGGAACAAAGACACUUCACUUGCGCUGCAUCACAAGAGAUGAUAGAGCUGCAUGGCUCGAUGCUUUGCACACAGCUAAGGAUCGGUUCCCCAGGGUGUUGACCAGCACUGACUUCUCCUCGGCUGAAGAUGUAGUUGUCUCGACUGAGAAGCUGAGAUCACGGUUGCUGCAGGAAGGAGUUGGUGAAGUGGUUGUUAAAGACUGUGAGGCUAUUAUGCUCUCCGAGCUGGACGAGCUUCAAAACCAGAUGAGGUCUCUGCAAAGGAAACAUGCCAUUCUUUUGGAUACCUUAAGGCAAUUAGAGACAGAGAAAAUAGAGUUGGAAACUACAGUAGUGGAUGAGACAAAAGAGCGGGAGUCAUAUUGUGGACAAGUAAACAGAAGAUUCAGUGAUUUCUAUUCGGUGAUGUCAGAAGGCAGUGCUAGUGACUCGGAUGCUGACAACGAAAGUCAAGAAGAUGGGAUGGGUGCUGAAACUGAUGAAGAAGACAGGAAGUUCUUUGACACAAACGAUUUCUUGUCUGUUGAUGCUCUAAUGAGAAGCACUUCGUAUAGGAGUACUAGGGAUUCAGUGGGGAGUGCAUGUAUACAUGACAAGGACGUUUUUUGCUCUGAUCGCUUGCAACACAUUCAGAAGGAUAAUAUUGUGACAACUGAAUAUCCAUUGGUUAAGAGACGAGACAAUUUGCCGGAACCAAAGGAGAAAGAGAAGCCCGUUGGCCUGUGGUCCAUUAUCAAGGACAACAUCGGGAAGGACUUGUCUGGAGUUUGUCUUCCUGUAUAUUUUAAUGAACCAAUAUCCUCCCUCCAGAAGUGCUUUGAGGAUUUGGAGUACUCACAUUUGGUCGAUCAAGCAUUGGAAUGGGGAAAGCAGGGGAAUGACCUGAUGAGAAUUCUGAAUAUUGCGGCUUUUGCUGUAUCUGGGUAUGCCUCAACGGAAGGCCGCCAAUGUAAGCCGUUCAACCCUCUACUUGGAGAGACUUACGAAGCUGAUUAUCCAGAUAAAGGCCUGCGUUUCUUUUCUGAAAAGGUCAGUCACCACCCAAUGGUUGUCGCCUGCCACUGUGAGGGAAGAGGGUGGACAUUCUGGGGAGACUCCAAUCUAAAGGGCAAAUUUUGGGGGAGGUCUAUUCAACUCGAUCCCGUCGGCAUUCUCACGCUUCGAUUUGAAGACGGUGAGACCUUCCAAUGGAGCAAAGUGACGACGUCUAUAUACAACAUCAUUCUAGGCAAACUGUACUGUGAUCACUACGGCACCAUGCGAAUCAAAGGCAGUGGCACCUACUCCUGCAGACUGAAGUUCAAGGAGCAGUCAAUCAUAGAUCGAAAUCCCCACCAGGUUCAUGGAUUUGUACAGGACAAUAGGACUGGACAGAAGGUGGCAAUGCUGGUUGGGAAGUGGGACGAAGCGAUGUACUAUGUGCUGGGAGAUCCGACAACGAAGCCAAAGGGUUAUGACCCAAUGACGGAAGCCGUCUUGCUAUGGGAGAGAGACAAAUCAGUCACCAGAACGAGAUACAACCUCACUCCCUUUGCCGUAACUUUAAACGAGAUCACUCCUGGAUUGUCGGGCAAAUUGCCACCCACUGACUCUAGAUUGCGGCCAGAUCAAAGGUUCCUCGAGAACGGGGAGUACGAGUUGGCAAAUGCAGAAAAGCUGAGACUUGAGCAGUUACAAAGACAGGCAAGGAAGGUGCAAGAAAGAGGAUGGCAGCCGAGGUGGUUUCGGAGAGACGAGGAGGGUUGUUAUCAUUACACUGGUGGGUACUGGGAAGCUAGAGAGAGGAAGGAUUGGGAUGGGAUCCCGGACAUAUUUGGCCAAACCACCACUGCAGUCGAUUCAACCUCGUCCUCUUCUUCGACAGAAGAAGAGUAG